UUCAGUUCAUUCAUGCAGCUUACCAUACAGCAAACAGAGCUGAGCUGAGGCAGUGCAGUGCAGUUCGUCACGACACGUGAAAGCAAGAAUCAUGGGGAAAAUGAGUCAAGGAAAGAAAAAGUCUUACUAUAGAAAGAGUGCAGCAAGCUAUCGGAAACAAGAUCGUAUGCUUCAAUCUGGUAUGAAGGGAAUCUUAAUAACUUGUUCAGGAAAUGAAUCUAAGUGUGUGAAAGAGGCUUACAAUCUUUUGAAUGAAUAUGCUGAUCAGCUCUAUGGACCAGAGACUUGUCCUGAUGAUAAACAGGAGACCAUAGAUGGUGAAAAUGAGAGUGACGAAGAAGAAGAAGAUAUCUCGGAUCUACUUGACAAAGAAGUGAAUGCAUUAAAAGUACAACAUCAAAGUAAAGUGAAACGGUUUAGAUCAGCACGUACAGGAACAAAGAAUGUUAUCUUUAUCCAAACAACGGGUGUAGAUCCACAUACCCUUGUGAUGCAUAUAUUAACUGACCUGGAUAAAACUAAAACAAAGAAGACAAGGAAUAUACAGAGAAUGCUUCCAGUUUCACACACCUGUAAAGCCUUUGAGGACAAGAUUGAGAAGACUGCACAAGAAAUGAUUUUCCCUGUCUUUCUUGCUUCAGAUGCAAUAGAUUCUUCAUUCUGUAUCAUGUUUAAAGCAAGAAAUAACAAUAAGAUCAAGAAAGAGCCAAUCGUCCAGUUAUUGGCCCCUCUAGUAACUCAAGGAAGCUCUCAUAUUCACAAAGUUGACUUCAAUUCACCUGAUCAUAUUGUGAUGGUAGAUGUCAUGGGAGGCAUGUGUUGUCUAUCCAUUCUCAAGGAUUAUAACCGAUUUAAGAAGUACAAUCUACAUCUUGUUGCUAGUAGUGAUGAUAUUGUGAUGUCAGGAGAAAGGAAGAGAAAGAUGAUCGCAGAGGAUGAAGUGGGAGAGGAGGAUACCAAGAAGUUAAAAGUUGGAGAAGGGAUGGAAGAAGUUGUGUCUUCAGGAGAGUCUUCUUUAGAGGAUGAAAGACAAGAAACCACAACAACUCUGAUAAACUCACAUGAUGUCAACCAGGAUGAUACUAUGCAAUCAAAGCUACCUGAUGUAAACGAUGAAAUGCCCUCGGUUACCUGAUGUUUUACCAGGACAGUCUUUAUGCCAUCAAAGUUACAUGAUGUAUAUCAGGAUGGUCUUAUGCCAUCAGGGUUAAGUGAUGGUAACCAGGGCAGUUCUUCAUCCAGUGUGAGUGACUAAUGAUGCAAAGAGCAGGGAUGCUGCAAGCACUUCAUAGCAUUAGUCAUCAUGUUAACACAUUGCCUACUUGAAUUGGAUGGUCUCUGUACAGAGCCUAAUGGAAAUUUCAAAAUAUCGCUGAUUUUGAUUUAUUCCCAACUUUGAAGUGACUUAAUCACUUCAAAGUUGGGAAUAAAUCAAAAUCAGCCAUAUUGAAUAAGAGAGAUUUUAAAAGUGAUUUGUUAUUCCUGUGGCAUCUAAGUUUUCAAUGUUGAAAGUUUUUUUUUUUCGUCAUGGAAGCCUUUUAGCCCCUAAUGCUCAGUUUUUGAAGUCCUGGGGGUGUUUCACAAAGAUUUAAGUAGGACUUAGUCGCAUUUAAAUGCCUAUUUGCAUAUGGUAUAAUAAAAGGCUUGACCGUAUUUGUCAGAUUGUGCAAUGAGGAUGCGUACUACAGCGUAUCUAUAAAAAAAGAUUGCUUGUUGCAUAUCAUAAUACAUGUCAGCAUGUGAGACUCUAAGUCAAUCUUUGUGAAAUAUGUCCCAGGGCAUGCAAAAUUUAGCUCCAAAAAGAAAUUUGAACAUGACACCAAUUGUGCAUGUGCUUUGGCUGCUGGUAAAUACUUUUUAAGAAGUCCUUUCCCUUAUAUACCUGUAUUUAGAAUUCCCUCAAUUACCUCAGUGGUCAAAUAAAGAAGUAACUGUUAUUCACAAUAAAAAAUCGUCUAUAUACAAUACAUGUUAAAUGUGAGCCCUUUAGUGAGAAAAGUUGUUUUAGAAAAUGGUACCGAAAUUGUUGAACGUUCUAUCCUAUGAUAAGACUUGGAAAGAUCCAAGUAUGUGUGAAAACCUAGACCUUUUCCGAAUUAUAUGUACAUGUAUAAGCUUCAUAUUAACCCUGUCAGUACUAGGAAUGGAGUGGCUCAACAAUUCUGGGGGGGAGGGGGUAUAUUUAUUAGGCAAGAGAUUCUUGAAAUUUUGAUUCAUGACGUUCAAAGGUUUAAGAAUGUAGUUGAAGCAAACAUUUCAUGAGAAAAUGUUAAAAUCAAGGUUGAUUGCAGUUAUACAACUCAUCUUAUCAUUUGAGUGGUUAAAAGGUUCAGUAUUUGAUACAUUUUAUGCUGUAUGCAUAUUUUAUUUUUCCCUUUUACAGUAAUCAUGUUCUUUCUCACCUGUACAAAGUUCAGCAGGACCUAGUGAUCACUUUCCUGUUGGUCUGUUAUAAAAAUGUUUUUAACUUGGUCAUAUUUCUGCAUCAAUUAAGUUCAUACUUGGUACAUAUGAUCCUUUGGUAAUACCACAUCAUUGUGUCCAUGAGGAUAAUGGGAUCAAAGGUCAUCUAGAGGUCAGAAGGUCAAAUGGUAUGAGGUCAUGGCCAUUCUUUUUGGAAGUUUUUGUUUGACUUACUCUUAUUUCUUUAUUUCUGUAUCAAUUUUUAUCACACUUGGUUCAAAUAAUCAUUUGGUAAUACCAUGUGUGUUGUUGAUGAUAGGACCGAAGGUUGUCUAAGGGUCAAAAGAUCAACAGGGUUCCCACGGUCAUGGAAAAUCCUGGAAAAAUUUUGGUCCUGGAAAGUCAGGGAAUUAGGAAAAUUUGUGAAGUCAUAGAAUUGCAUUUACCUCAUGGCUAUGGCAGCUUUCCAUUUUGUCGUGUCUCGCAAAGUUCUCUCAUACUUAAUUAUCAUACUCUGCUGUGUCUGAUUUUGGAAACCGUGCUAAAAAGCAAGUCGUGAAAACCAGCAAUUUAGUCAUGGAAAAGUCAUGGAAUUCUGUUUUCAAAUUUCUGUGGGAACCCUGAUCAAAUUUUACUCUUAUUUCUUUAUUUCUGCAUCUAUUUUGUUAAUUGGGUAACACACUUGAGUUCAUGAGGAUGAUCUUGCAUAUUUCAUUAAUCACGAAAUCAGGAAAGUCUCAUGGUUUGUGAACCACCUUCACAUUGCACGCUAGUGCUUUCUCCCUCGGUUUGUAGCACUGGUGAGCAUGUUGUAUGAUCAAAGUAAGCGCAUUAAUUUAGGCUGUGUGUGCUUAGAUCCAGUGGCGGACCAUGACCUGGAGAAGACAAUGAUUGGAAAGGCACUGUAUUGCUGGUUAACAAUGCUGUGCCCCUUCAAUGCUUUGUCUCCUCCAGGUUGCGGUCCGCCACUGCUUAGAUCCAUGAAUCAGUGUGCAUCAUAAAAAGAAAAGUUGCUGUCAGACCUGUGGAAAAGUACCGGUAGUAAUGUUAGGCCAACUAAUAUUUAUCAGAAGAUGUUUGAAGUGUUAAUCGAAUCUUGAAUACAUUGAAGAAAAUAUGGAUAACAUUUUGAUUAAUAAAUCAUACUUUCAUGA